CCAUCCCUCCUGUCUCACGUGAGCUGCAUCACGUCUAAAAUUAGCCGAGAUGCUGUCUCCCGGGGAGCACAGAGUGCAGUGGCUCGCGGCUGCGAUAGCCGCACAGAGCCCGGCUGCGCGGCGCCCCUCAGGACGAUGGUUUCAGGUGGAUUGCUGAAGGAAUCUUAACGAUGAUCAGGAGUGCCACAGAGGGAAAGCGUCGUUCAAACCCAGGAGCUCCGGUUCAACCAAAGGACAAUGAUUCCCGUGACCGAGUUCCGGCAGUUCUCGGAGCAGCAGCCGGCGUUCAGGGUGCUGAAGCCCUGGUGGGACGUGUUCACGGACUAUCUCUCGGUCGCCAUGCUGAUGAUCGGUGUGUUUGGGUGCACGCUGCAGGUCAUGCAAGACAAGAUAAUAUGCCUUCCAAAGCGCCUCCAGCCUUGCCAGAACCUAUAUAAUAGUUCAAAUGCGUUUAACACAAUCCCAGAUACGACCUCUCUUCCUCCACCCAAGCCAUCCACCCCUCCGGCUACAGUUGAAAUGAAAGGACUGAAGACUGAUCUGGACCUUCAGCAGUACAGCUUUAUAAACCAGGUGUGCUAUGAGCGUGCCCUGCACUGGUACGCCAAGUACUUCCCUUACCUUGUCCUUAUCCACACCCUGGUCUUCAUGCUGUGUAGUAACUUUUGGUUCAAAUUCCCUGGAUCGAGCUCCAAAAUUGAACACUUCAUUUCAAUCCUCGGGAAAUGUUUUGAUUCCCCCUGGACAACGAGAGCCUUAUCCGAAGUGUCAGGAGAAGACUCUGAAGAGAAGGAUAACAGGAAGAACAACAUAAACAAGUCUAACACUAUCCAGACAACCACUGAAGGCACUUUGGUCAAGACCCAGUCUUUAAAAUCCAUCCCUGAGAAGCUGGUUGUGGAUAAGGGAGCGCCCGGGGCAUUAGAUAAGAAAGAAGGUGAACAGGCCAAAGCGCUGUUUGAAAAGGUGAAGAAAUUCAGGCUGCACGUCGAGGAGGGCGAUAUACUCUAUGUCAUGUACGUUCGCCAGACUGUACUUAAGGUAAUUAAGUUCCUUAUUAUUAUUGCUUACAACACAGCGCUUGUCUCGGAAGUUAAUUUUACAGUAGACUGUAAUGUCGAUAUUGAAGACAUGACGGGGUAUAAGAAUUUCUGCUGUAAUCACACGAUGGCACAUCUGUUCUCUAAACUUUCCUACUGCUACCUGUGCUUUGUGAGCAUCUACGGCCUCACAUGCCUUUAUACCCUGUACUGGCUGUUCUACCGCUCACUGAAAGAGUAUUCCUUUGAAUACGUUCGGCAAGAGACGGGAAUUAAUGAUAUCCCAGAUGUCAAGAAUGACUUUGCUUUUAUGCUCCAUAUGAUCGAUCAGUAUGAUCCCCUCUAUUCCAAGAGGUUUGCUGUCUUCCUGUCAGAAGUCAGUGAAAAUAAGCUGAAACAGAUGAACCUGAACAAUGAGUGGACUGAGGAUAAACUGCGUCAGAGGAUGCAGUUGAACUCCCAUAACCAUAAGGAGCUACAGCUUUUCAUGCUCUCUGGAUUACCAGACACGGUUUAUGGAAUUAUUGAGCUGCAGUCAUUAAAACUUGAAAUAAUUAAUAACGUAAUGAUACCAGCAGCCAUUGCGCAGUUGGAAAAUCUCCAGGAGCUCUCAUUACACCAGUGCACCGUGAAGGUCCACAGCACCGCGUUGAAUUUCCUGAAACGGAAUCUCAAGAUCUUGAGCGUCAAGUUUGAUGACAUCAGAGAACUUCCACACUGGAUGUAUGGCCUCAGGAGUUUGGAAGAGCUCUAUUUGAUUGGUUCCCUAAGUCACGAUGUUUCCAAAAACAUUACACUGGAGUCUUUUCGGGAACUGAAAAGCCUUAAAGUUCUUUACAUAAAAAGUAAUUUGACCAAAAUCCCACAAUCUGCCGUCGAUGUUUCAAGUCACCUGCAAAAACUGUGCAUCCAUAACGAUGGCACUAAGUUAGUGAUGCUCAACAACCUGAAGAAGAUGGCCAACCUGACACAGCUGGAAUUGGUCCAUUGUGAUUUAGAGCGCAUACCUCAUGCAGUCUUCAGCCUCCUCAGUCUUCAGGAAUUGGAUCUAAAGGAAAACAACCUCAAAUCCAUUGAAGAAAUAGUAAGUUUUCAGCACCUGCGAAAACUGACAAUCCUAAAGCUGUGGCACAACAGCAUCACAUACAUCCCAGAGCAUAUAAAGAAACUCACCAGUCUCGAGCGGCUUUCCUUCAGCCACAACAAGAUAGAGGUUCUUCCAUCCCACCUUUUCCUAUGCAACAAGAUCAGAUAUUUGGAUUUGUCUUACAAUGACAUUCGCUUUAUCCCACCUGAAAUCGGAGUUCUGCAGAGUUUACAGUACUUCUCCAUCAUGUGCAACAAAGUGGAGAGCGUGCCAGAUGAACUGUACUUCUGCAAAAAACUUAAGACCCUAAAAAUUGGGAAAAAUAACUUGUCGGUCCUUUCACCUAAAAUUGGCAAUUUGGGGGUCCUCUCCCACUUGGAUAUUAAAGGCAAUCACUUGGAAAUCCUCCCGCCGGAGCUCGGUGAAUGUCGGGCUCUGAAGCGGACUGGUUUCAUUGUAGAGGACACCUUGUUUGAAACGUUGCCUUCUGAUGUCAGGGAACAAAUGAAAGCCGAAUAACUCACUUCCUCGCGCUCAGAUUUACAGAGAUAACGCUCCUACCAAAUACGCUGUAGAAAGUGCAUACUCUGAAUAUGCAUUUACUUUGUCAUUACUUUUUCCUUUUUCAAACAAGCGCUUUCUGUACAAACAGAUUUGGAGUAAGGAGUACAUAUAUUUUUAAAUAAAAUUUUCUUGUAUUUUUUCACCGUUUUAAGAUAUUUUUUAAGUUUGUUUUGCCCUGAGAACGAGGGUGGCUGUAACUUAAUUUUUACUGGUAAAAGUAAAUGGUUUUAUCUGCUGAUUUUUUAUUUUCCUUUGCCUAAUCCCAACAGGGGAACCAUGUUGAAGUUGUAUGCUUUGGGUUGCAUAAUUUGUAAUAGAUGUUUAUAUUGUCUUCCUGGUUAUUGUUAAUCGCUUACGACAUGGUCUUCAAUGGGUGGUGCUGGAGGUGUUGAAUGCCUUGUUUCCUCUUUUCUUCAGUGGCAGUAGGUCUUCAACAUCUACCAAGAUCAAACCUGGAUUGACUCUCCUUUUCUAUUUAUGACAUGGUUUUCUCAGAUGGUCAAAGCAAGUACAAGAGGUUCUUUAUGCUUAUAACGGGUUUGAGGGAACAUGUAGAGCUCCUCAGGGCCUUUUGGCAGGUUGAGUCUAGCUCUCCGUUCACACACUGUGCCAAGAGUGAUGUUCUCUCGGGUGCAGCAGGAGUAAGGUCACGGUUCAUGGAGGAGUCAGGACCAAAGUGACUCGUGUUGAAGAUUUCCCAAACAGUGCAAUGGGGUGUGGCUGCCCAUUCCCUGCUGACUUGAAUGGAAGGGGUGCAGUGAACACACUGUGUUGGAAAUGUCAACCCAGGGAGAUGAAACACUGUCUUGACAGAUCCCCGUCCUCCUCUGAACACCCCAUCAUGCAAGGCAGAAAGCGCCCUCUGCUCUCUCGGUUCUGCUCCCUGCAGGGGCGCUUGGCUCCUGGCAGGAACGGGAUCCAGAAAAACUGCAGUCGUGUUUAGUUUGUAAAGCUUCUGACAAGGAAACAGCAUCAAAUACGCUCCUUCAUUGAGCUCAGGUAUCAUAGAACCAAGCUCAGCGCAGGAACAUUUGCAGGUUUACAGAAAUGACCUUAAAUGAAUACAUGAGCUGCUCAGAAGUCUUGCCCUACCAGAGGUGGGCGAAGGCUGGGUUUUCGUCUCCCAGCUGGUAAUUAAAUUGGAGCUCACACAGUUGGAAGUCUGCUUUUUAAAACAAUGUAAAAAUCUGUAAUGAUUAUGCAUCUGAUUGAGAACUUUAUCUUCUGAAGCCAUGUUCAGUUGUUCGUUUAAUCCAGCCAUUUGCUUUCGUUUAGGCAAGUUUGGCAGGUAUGAUUACUCAAGUGCUGCUUGAUGGCUAAGUGAAGCUAAUCAAAAAUAACCAUAUGGUAGUAAAGUCUUUUGCUGGGAGAGCUCUUCAUCCUAUCCCAGAACACCUGUUUGAGUCGGACGCAGGCACUGGCUAACUGCUUCAUGGGGAUAUCCAGGAAUAAAUACUUCUCUAGGAGGCAGUGGUUCAUAUAUUGCAGAGCUCGAGUUGCUGAGUGUUUCAAGUUAUGUAAAAGAACUGUUUUAUGAUUGUCAGGUCGGUUGCUCUGAAGUGUUCUGUAACUGCUGUUGCGUGUCUCGAGCUACAGCUAAGCUGAGUUUGAGCUUGGAACAAAGGCAUAAUGGGAAUUUCCUCAUUAAUCCAGGGUGUGCUCUGCAGUCGGGUGUGUGGGCUCGCACAGCACUGAGGCAGACUCAUUUUUUGCGCUUGGCUACGUUCUGGAGAAGAUCCAUGUGAUUAAUCAGAAGUGGGUCAAGCGUGAAGGAAUCAAAGCAAGCUUUCUUAAAGGCGUUGGAUCUCAUUCUUUUAAAGAGCUACAACUGAGGUAGCUGUGGUGAGAGCUCCCCACACUCGUGGAAUGCUCUUAUGGAACAGCUUGGCAGUUUAUAUAUCCUAAAUGUAUCUCACUUGGAUGUAAUGUGAGGGAGAGGAAUGCUUCAUCGCUCAUAUUAACCUAAUUAUGUAAACCAAAGUGCUGUUGUCCCUGAUGAAUGUAAACUGUUUAAAAUGUCCAAGUAAUCGGUGGAGCUGUACAAUUCUCUUACAUUUGAACUACGGGAUUACAAUUCUUUAAAAACAUCUUUAUAUUCCUAGAUGUAGCGUUUCAAAUCCCUAAUUUAUUUUGUGUCUAAUGCUGUUUCACGUGUAGCUUGUGGUCUGUUUUCUGAGUGGAAGUUCUGCACUCCUCAUAGCCGAAGGCUGGAGCCUCCUGCGCCGGUUUUGUAACUGCGUCACUUAGGGGAUACGGAGGGUGCUUUGUUACCGGUGAUACCAGUGCAACCGCUCAUGUGGACACCGUGACAUGAGUAUGAAGUGCCUUGUGCUGGUGUCUCUUCAUUCACUUGGAUAGGAAUAAACUCUUCUGGUCGGAGCACUUUCGUUCUAAUAACUGUAUCUUCUCCAAGGGUUUGGUCUGCUGAGACAGCUCAGUCAACCUAACAGCUCGCUGCUCCCUCCUCCUCCCGUGCUCAGCAUUCCUGCCGACACGUUCCAGCUGCUUCUCCUGUAUCUUUACUGGUCUGGUGCUGGUCUCAUCCCUCCACAGGACAAAUCAACUUUCAAAGCCAGUAAAACACUAAGCUGGUGAAAAAAAGGGACUAAUUUUCUGCUGGAUCAGCUCUCCAAAGGAUGUGAUGGACACUGAGGUGCGAGGAGCCAGGACUGUGCAGCCAGGCUCUGGGCGAGGAGGAGGUGGGACAACUCACUUUGGAGGUGCUGAGCUGCUGGGUCCGGUAUCAUCUUGCCGAGCCCCGUGCUUGGGGAGCUGUGCUGGUUUAUCUCGAGCAGGAUUCGCGGCAUGGCUUUUGUGGGGCAGCAACCCUCAGGCUCGCAGCGAAUGAUACAAUAUCACAUUACUGUUAAUUGCUUCAACUUAAUGAACCAAACUCAGGUAGCUGCACUGCUGACUUUUCUAAACUUCUGUCUCUCUAGUCGGUGGGGUGUAUUUCCCCAAACCUUAUCACAGUAUUUUAGAAAUGCGUCAGCUAAGGGAAAAUUGUUUCCUAACUCUGUGACAUCCAGGAAAAUCUGUACAAGUGCCAUAUUUAUCCAGGGAUUCCUGUACUGCUCAUAUGUAUAUUCACCUGCAAUGCAUACGAGACUUCCCUGUGACCCGUAGUAUCUGACUUGGAAUGGAUGGACACACUGUGGGUAAUACUUCAGGCAUGGUUUGUAUGAGUUUAUAUCAGUACUGACAUGAAUCAGGUGCCUAACAAAUAAGACAAUUCCAGAAUAUAAGCAAGGCAUUUUGCAUCAUAGCUCAAAAAUAAUACACAUCUUCCAUGGUAACAGAAGCAGAGACAACAAAGAAAGCAUCAAAGCUAGGAAGGCAACCUUAAUAGUACGCUAAGCCUGAAACGCAAAUCUGCUUCUGAUCACAAUCUGGAGUUGUGCAUCUCCCCCUUUGUCAAACUAAGGAUGGAGAGAUUUGUGCUGACCUCCUGCCUCUUGCCAGCCCAACAGCUUCGGCACAUUCUGAUUGGAAAAGCACCUGCUCCAAGGCUCAUAGCACAUUUCUGGCACUUCCACUAAUUCCUGUGCUUAAGUGAUGACGAGUCCUGAUGGAAUGCCAAGGAAAAGAUGUUGAGAUUUAACCAAAUGGACAAACUUCUUAAUUCUGUAGCAAGUACCUUAAUAUAAUAGACCUGCAUAGUGUUACAUUGAUAUAAGUACACCCAGAGAAAAUGGAAA